UGGUCAACUUUAGUCCUUGCCUCCUCGGCCGGCGGACGUGCUCUUAGCCAAAUCGAAAAUCAAUCACAAAACAUUUGACUCCAUUCCUUUUUCUCCCAAGAGGGCGGACCCAAAUUGGACUGGUUCAACCCCUUUCCCACCCACCAAACCAUUUGACUCCAUUCAUACGUUACCAGAAUCCCAUCUUUCCCUUUUCAAUUUUAAAGAUCUCAGACCCAGGCCCCUCCUUCUCGUGUCACUUUAAAUUGCUUUUCCUUGAGAUAGAAAAUCAAUUUAUCUCUCUCUCUCUCUCUCACGCACCCCCGGGGUCUACGCUUCAUCUUUUUGGUAACUGAUUUGCCUAACUCCAACGAAGAACCCAUUCCUAGAGAGAGAGAGAGAGUCACAUAAUUUUCGUUUCAUUUCCAGAGAGAGAGAGAGAGAGAGAGAGUUUGCAGCUGGAAGUUAAAACCCCUCUUCUGUAUGGUUUAGUUCAGAUCAAGAGAGUUUUAUUUUUUCCGAUUGGGUAUGAACAGCUCCGCCGUCAAAUGAAUGGCGGAGUUGGUGGGUAAAACAGUGAAGAAAGAGUUCAAAGGGUUUGGGUUUUUCAACGGCGUCGUUAGCUCGUUCGACCCUUCAACUGGGCUUUUCGAAAUCGUGUACGACGACGGAGACUCGGAGGAGCUCGAGUUCCAGGAGAUUUCCUCCCUCCUGGAAAACGGAUCGGGGUCGAUUCUGGACAAUCAUCAAUCUACCUGCGCUGCUGCUGACGUCACGAAGAGGAAGCCGAGGAAACGCCGUCGUGUUGGCGAUGAUUCAGGUACUAUUAUCAACUCUCAUUCUAAUUUGGUGAUGGGUAUUAGUAGUGGUGAGGGUUUGAAAGAAGAUACUAUUUCUGUUACUGAGAAUAAUACUAGUUGUGGAAAUGGGGUUAGGUCAGAAAAUUGGCUGAAUUUGAAUGAUGGGUUUGACUUGAAUCAUGGGUUGAAUUUAAAUGAUGAUGGGUUGGGUUUGAAUGAUAAUGAGUUGGAUUCAAACGACGGGUUUGAUUUAAAUGUUGAUUCUGAACGACGUUUGGAGAAGAAAAAUGUAGCAUUUAUUGACCUGAAUUUGGAUGCAAAUGGUGAGUCUGAAGAGAAUUUGAAGGAGGAGGAUUUAGUGGUUUCGGUUGUGGUGGGGACCCAGAAGACGGAACGCUGUUUCGAUUUGAAUUUGGGCUUAGAUGAGGAGAUCAAAAAUUCAGACAGUGAAUGUGAGGGACAAUUGGAAGAGAACGGUUCGUUCUGUCUGGUUAACGAAACCCAAAAGCGGGAUAUGGAAGAAACUCGGAUGGAGGUCAUUGGCGGGUAUUCGGAGAGUGCAGUAAGAGAUCCCUGCGUCCGUUUGUCAGAGGAAGUUCCAAAGGGGAGCGGUGUUAGUCUAGGGUCAAAAGGAGAAGAUGCUAGUUCUGGAGCUAUGUGUUCUACAGAUAUUUUGUCUUCCGAAGUUCAACUGACAGAGAUGCUUCCUGAUACUGGCACUCCAGUAGAUCAUAGUAGUUAUCAAGGGAAUUCCGAAAGCACUUGCAAAGAAAGAAAAAGAAGAAAGAGACAGAAGUCUUUAGAUAAUGUUGACUGUGCUACAGAAAGAGCGUCGAGGAGGAGGAGCAGUAGUAGAGUAGCAGUUGCUAAUUGUACUGAAAACCAUGUUUCCAGUGGAGCAAGGUCAGUGGCAUAUGAUGAGGUGUCACCUCCUGGAGCUAUUGAAGCCAAGGAUUUUCCUUCUUCUGAACUUGAAGUGGAGGCAGGGUUUCCUGAUGGCACUCCAUUGGAUCAUGGUUACGGGGGCAGUACUGGAAGCACAAGAAAAGGAAGGAGGGGUAGAAAAAGAAAGGAGCUUUUAGAUAGUGUUGAUUCUGCUAGAGAAACAGUGUUGAGGAGGAGCAGUCGAAGACUGGCAGCAACUCUUUCUGAUCAAACUUGUGUUUCAAGUGGAGCAAUGUUGCAAGAACUUAAUGAGGCUCAUCCCUCUCCUGCAGUUAGUGUAGUACUGGAAGAAUCUGAAGAAUACAAUGUUCUUCCUUCAAAGCUGCUGUUACCCCCUUCUUCAACAAACUUGAAUUUGGAUGGGAUUCCCAUACUUGACCUUUUCUCUGUUUACACUUGUUUGAGAUCCUUUAGUACCUUAUUAUUUUUGAGUCCCUUUGAGUUGGAGGAUUUUGUGGCUGCCCUCAAAAGCAAAGUUCCUAACUUCUUGUUUGAUUCCAUUCACGUUUCUCUUUUGCAAACUCUGAGACGGCAUUUGGAGUUUCUUUCUGAAGAAAAUUCCCAAUCUGCUUCUAAUUGCCUCAGGAGUCUUAACUGGGAUUUUCUGGAUUUGAUCACUUGGCCCAUGUUUAUGGGUGAGUACCUUCUUACACAUGGUUCUGAAUUGAAGCCUGGUUUAGAUCUUUGUAAGCUAAAGCUAUUUGAGAGUGAAUACUACGAGCAACCAACAUUAGUUAAGAUUGAGAUACUUCGGUGUCUCUGUGACGAUAUGAUGGAAGUGGAGGGCAUAAGGUCAGAGCUUAAUAGAAGAACUCUGGCAAUUGAGCUGAAUAUUAAUACUGAUCGGAUCCAUCGGAAUAUAAAAAUAGAGGCUUCUAGAAAAAGAACUUCACUGGAUAUUUCCGGUGGUUCUUGCUUAACUGAGGAUGUUGUUGAUGAAGCCACAGACGGGAACAGUGAUGAAUGCAGACUUUGUAAGAUGGAUGGGAGCUUAAUAUGUUGUGACGGGUGCCCCGAAGCAUAUCAUUUGAAGUGUGUGGGAGUUGCUAAUUGUCUCUUGCCUGAGGGUGACUGGUAUUGCCCCGAGUGCAUGAUUGACAAAGAUAAGCCUUGGCUUAAAAUGGGAAAGUCAAUUCGAGGGGCGGAGCUUUUAGGAGUUGAUCCAUACGGAAGGUUUUAUUACAGCAGCUGUGGCUACCUACUGGUGUCAGAUUCAUGUGAGAGUGGAGUGUCCUAUCACUAUUAUCGAGGAAAUGACUUGGCUUCUGUUAUUGAAGCAUUAAUGUCAUCAGAUACUCUUUACAGGCCAAUAUUAUGUGCAAUUUCAAAGCAGUGGAAUAUAUAUGUUAAGUUUAAUGGAUCGAAAAGUUAUGCAGGCUCCCAUCGUCCUACUGUAUGGUUAGAAACUAUGAAAGGACAAAUGCCUUCUUUAGCUCCUUCAGAAACCUAUGUCAGGGAUGAAAUAAGUGAUGAAAGAAAACCUCGGGUGAAUUCUAUAGCUGCUCAAAGUUCGGGGAAUACAGAUUCAGAGGUUUCUGCAUUGGUAAAUAAUGAGCCAGUGACUCUGAAUAAUUCCAUGAAGAUGGAAAAUCCAUUGACUAGUUCUGAAGGGUCAGCUGAAACCUCACUGGCUACAAGAAUCCACAAUUUUGGGAAAACUGGAAUUUCAAAGGAUUCUGAGAUUCAGGGGACUAUUGUAUCUGUAACUAUAGAUUUAGGUGCCAAACGAGGAAAGAAUAUGGAAUCAUCAGAUUAUGUGAACAAUUACAAUUUUGCUCGAAAAGCAGCUUUGGUUGUAGAAGAGUUAACUGGGAACUCAUCAGAUAAGAUCAAUGUGGGCUCUACAAAGUCACUCGAAGACAUAAUUUCAGCCCAGCUGAAGGCUAUAUCGAAGAAAGCUACCAAGUUUUCUUGGCCAAGCAUUCAGAACCUAAAUGCUGUGGCGAGGAGAGAAAAAUGUGGGUGGUGCUUCUCCUGCAGAGCACCGGACGAUGAUGAAGAUUGUUUCUUCAACAUGAAUGAUUCUGCUCCAGAUUCUACAAGUGAGAUUAUUGAUCUUGGUGCAAAAAGGAAUAAGAAAGGCCAUCUUGUUGAUGUCGUGGGCUAUAUGCUGUGCUUUGAAGAUCGAUUGCGUGCCUUUCUGCUCGGACCGUGGUUAAAUCCACAUUAUACCAAGAUUUGGCGUAACAGCGUUGUCAAGGCAUCUGAAGUGGAUUCCCUGAAACAUUUGUUGCUCAUGUUAGAGUCCAAUUUGCGCCCUCUUGCACUUUCAGCAGAGUGGGUAAAACAUGUCGACUCUGUUGCUACCUUGGGUUCUGCUUCUCAUGUUAUGACCAGUUCACUACGCGUGUCUUCAAAACAUGGGAUUGGUGGGAAACGUGGCCGGAAUUCAGAUUUAAAGCCCAACCCUUCAUCAAAAGCUGCAACUGGCUUGGGUUUAUUUUGGUGGAGGGGUGGAAGGCUUUCACGUGAGUUGUUCAAGUGGAAGGUUUUGCCUCGCUCCUUGGCUUCUAAGGCUGCCCGACAAGCUGGAUAUGCAAAGAUACCAGGCAUAUUGUAUCCUGACAGUUCAGAAUUCGCAAACAGAAGCAAAAAUGUUGCAUGGCGAGCUGCUGUUGAGACAUCAAGAAGUGUGGAGCAGCUUGCUCUCCAGGUUAGAGAGCUUGAUUCAAACAUUAGAUGGGACGAAAUCGAAAAUACUAAUCUUCUCUCCAAGAUGGACCAAUUCAGAAAAUCAGUCAAAUCUUUCAAGAAGGCUAUAAUUCGUAGGAAGUGCAGUGAAGGAGCAGUGGUGAAAUAUCUCCUUGACUUCGGUAAGAGAAGAUUUAUUCCUGAUAUUGUUCUGACGCAAGGAUCCAGGUUUGAAGAAUCCUCUAGUGGAAGGAAGAAAUACUGGCUGGAAGAACCUCAUGUUCCCUUGUUUCUCUUGAAAACUUUUGAAGAGAGGAGAAUAGCCCGCAAAACAAAUAAGAUGAGUUCCGGUAAACUUCAUUGGAAUGAUAGAGUAGCAAAGAAAACCUCAAAGAAAAGGGGAUUCUCAUACCUUUUCGCAAAGGCAGAAAGAUCAGAAAACUAUCAGUGUGGGCAGUGUAACAAAGACGUUUUGAUCAGGGAAGCUGUGAGUUGUCAGCAUUGCCAAGGAUUUUUCCAUAAGAGACACGUGAGGAAGUCUGCUAGAGCCAUCACUGUUGAAUGUACAUACACUUGCCACAAAUGCCAGGCUGGCAAUCGUGUGAAGGUCGCAGCCAAUCAUGUGAAGGUCGCAGCCAAGAAAGGGAAAGCACAGUCACAGAAAAGUACAAAAGUCUCGACUGUGUGUAGGAUACUGCGCUCAAAUGCAAGUAAAAAAGCCUGCAAAAAUAAAAAACAAAUACAGAGGCAGAAAAAUAAGAAAGAUACUGUGGUUUUACCUCUGCGACGUUCUGCUAGGAGAAUUCAAAUUGUGUCAUUGCCGACUAAAAAGGUUGGAGGACGCAAGAAAAAGAAAGGGAGACAAAUCAAACCCAAAAAGGAGAUAUCAAAGAAACCAAAGAAAUGUACUUGGCAGAAGAAAAGAACGGGGAUAUAUCAUUCUUACUGGCUGAAUGGUCUCCUGUUGUCUAGAAAGCCAAAUGAUGAUCGAGUUGAGAACUUCAGGAGUAAAGUUCUUCUUGCCCAUUGUGACCAGUUGAGUGAUGUGGUUGAUCAACCAAAAUGCAGUCUCUGCCGUGAACAGGAAUUUUCAUCGAUGUUAAACUACGUUGGUUGUGAAAUCUGUGGAGAUUGGUUCCAUGGAGAUGCUAUCGGGCUAGGUGUGGAAAACAUCAGUAAUCUCAUUGGAUUUAGGUGCCACGAGUGCCGUAAUAGGGAACCUCCAGUCUGCCCCCAUUUGCACAGUUCGAAAACUGAUCGGACACAGUCGGGUGAGUCAAAUCAUAUGGAGAUUGAAUGUGCUGAGGAAGUUUCUAAUGUUACUGCACCUCCGACUGAGGUACUGGAAGAGAAUAAGUCCCAUACAGAUGAAGAAUCCAAAAACAUACAUUUGAAUGACGAUUAUAGUCAUAAGGACCAGGAAUCAGAAAUUUUUCUCAAAUCAAAUCAAUUGGAGGCAGAAAAUGAGCAUUUAGCGCAAAACGGCACUGAGAAUUCGAUACGAAACUCAUCAAUGGAAUCCAAUGAGCAUGUUUCAUUGGUGGAGAGUGCAAGUGAUAUUGACAGAGGAGACAUUGAGGCUGUGACUGAUGUUAUUGACACAGAAAUGGCAUUGUUGGCACAUAACAAUACAGAGAAGGGGUCAUUGGAGCAGAAAAGCCUUGUCGACUCAUCUGAAUUGCCGUGUCAAGCAAAUGCGGCAUCAGGUGAGACGGUAGAUGGGCAAGAAACCAUGUUGUAGAUUAGAUUUUAAUUCCAUACUUUGACUGAUGUAAGGAGGCUUCCGAUACUAUAGAGUGAGAAGCCAUUUAUGAAUCUUCUCUGAUGCCAUGAAGAUGCAGAGUUGGUAGAUGAUAGGAAAAUAGGUAAACCAUUGUGUUGUUUUUGCUGAAUUUGAACAGCUAUAUAGGGAUUAUUCUCUUCAAAUCCGAAAUAAAGAGAUUGAAGGGUUGAAACCUUUUUUUUUUUUUUCUUUCUUGUGACCUCUAAUUUGGCAUUGUAAUUAAUUGUUGCAAAUUUAGUGUUAUUUUUCAGAUGGGAAUCGAUACUGUGCUAAUUUAUGGCUUCA